AUGCGGGCCCUCCCCGAGGGCCCGCUCGCCCUGCGCGCACUCGGCGUCGCCCUCACGCUGUCGCCCGCUCCGGCCCCGGCCAAGGACGACCCGCGCGCCAACGCGCCGCACCCGCACGGCCUCGUCAGCGGGCCGGGCGGCUCGAGCCUCGUGUCGGGCCUGUGGACCCCGUGGGCCAACCCGGCCGCGCAGGCCGCGCUCCUCGAGCGCCUCGUCUUCCUCGCGUCGACCCCCCUGCCGCCCGCCCCAUCCCUGCCCGGCGUACACCGCGUUGUCGCCGUCGAGGACGCGGCCCAGUCGGGCCCGGCCAUCAAGGCGCUCGCGGCGCAGGUGCAGGGCAGCUGCUGGAACGCGCAGGAGCUCACGGCCGCGCUCGUGAGGCUGUCGGGCGCGGUCGAGGGAGGAGAAGUCGCCGCGAGGGUGCACGACCUGAUCGACCGAGGGUGCAAGACCAACCCGGAGCUCGUACUCGUCGCGCUCACCCAGAUCGAGAAGCCCUGGAACGCCGUCCACGCCGAGUUGACGGCUCGCCUCCUGUCGACCUUCCUCGCCGGCCACCCGGCGCAUCAGCUCGUCUUCCUCCGCCUCCACCAGGUCGACCGUCAGUUCCUGUUCGCCGCCCUGCGUGACUUCUACGCCGAGAGCGAGAUGAACGUCACGCGCAUCGUCGACAUCGCCCAGGACCUCAAGGCGCUCGACGACGUCCUGUCGCUCCGCCCAUUCGUCCUCGCCCUCGACCUCGCCGCGCUCGCGAGCCGUCGCGAGUACCUCAACCUCGACAAGUGGCUCGCGACGCAGAUGCAGCAGCACGGCGCCCAACUCGUGCGCGCCACGCUCGAGUUUGUCGGGCACAAGGUCCAGCACGAGCUGCGGCGCCAGGAGAUGGACAACGCGCCCGAGCCGACGACGCUCGCGCUCAACGCCGCCACGAUCGCCGUCUUCAUGCGGGUCCUGCGUGCCCACCACGAGCUGUUCACGGGCAACGACGUCGAGCUGUUCAAGGAGGUCCGGACCCAGUGCCUGCAACUGCACCCGCGCCUCAUGAACUUUUCGCCCAAGAACACCGACACCGAGCCGGGCAUGGCCGUCACGUCGUUCUCGCCGUCGAUCGAGGCCGAGUGCGACUCGCUGUACAAGCGCAUGUACGACCAGGAGGUGUCGGUCGACAAGGUCGUCGCCGCCCUGCGCCAGGCCAAGGAGUCGGACAACGAGCACGACCACGAGUUCUUUGCCUGUUUCCUCCACGGCCUGUUCGACGAGCACCGGUUCUUCAACACGUACCCGAGCAACGAGCUCACGCUCACGGCGUGCCUGUUUGGCGACCUCAUCCAGUUCCACCUCAUCGACUUUGUCCCGCUCGGCAUCGCCGUGCGGUACGUCCUCGACGCGUUGCGCAACCCGCCCGAGUCGAACUGGUUCCGGUUCGGCAUCCAGGCCCUCGCGCGGUUCCAGGGCCGCCUCAGCGAGUGGCCCCAGCUCGCCCACUCGAUCCUGUCGAUCCCGCACGUCCAGCAGCUCCACCCGGACGUCGCCAACACGGCCCGCCAGGCCCUCCUGCAGCGCGAGAACGGCUCGGCCGGCAACGGCACCGGCGGCGGCGGCGGCAACGGCGCCCCGGGCGGCGCAGAGCUCGGCGACCUGUCGGCGGCGCGGUCGCCGGCGCACCACGCGCUCGAGACGCCGGCGGCGCAGCAGCAGGCGCCGCAAGAACCCGAGCGCCUCGCGUUCACGGCCAUCCACGUCGAGGACGACGGCGGCGACCCCGAGGCGCCCGACGAGCAGACGUCGGACAAGAUCCUCUUCAUCGUCAACAACCUCGCGCCCAACAACUUCGAGAGCAAGGUGGCCGACAUGAUGACGCGCAUCGAGGCGCACCACUUCGCGUGGUUCGCCCACUACCUCGUCGCGCAACGCGUCUCGAUCGAGCCCAACAACCACGCCCUGUACCAGCAGUUCCUCGAGGCGCUCGACAAGCCGACGCUCGUGCGCCGGGUCCUGUACGAGACGUUUGUCAAGCUGGCGACGCUCCUCAACUCGGACAAGACGGUCCAGUCGUCGACCGAGCGCACGCUCCUCAAGAACCUCGGCUCGUGGCUCGGUGGCCUCACGCUCGCCAAGGACAAGCCGAUCAAGCAGAGCAACAUCGCGUUCAAGCAGCUCCUCAUCGAGGGCUACGACUCGAACCGCCUCAUCGUCGCCAUCCCCUUUGUCUGCAAGGUCCUCGAGCAGUGCGCCAAGUCGCGUGUGUUCCGCCCGCCCAACCCGUGGCUCAUGGCCAUCCUCCGCCUCCUCGUCGAGCUGUACCAGUUCGCCGAGCUCAAGCUCAACCUCAAGUUCGAGAUCGAGGUCCUGUGCAAGAGCCUCGACGUCGACCUCAAGGACGUCGAGCCGACCGAGCUGUUGCGCAACCGCCCCAAGGAGCUCGCCGCCGCCGCCGCCGCCGCCGCCGCCCAGGCCCAGCUCGGCGCCCAGGCCCACGACGCCGACGAGCUCGCGCUCCGUGCCGGGUUUGCUGGUCCUGGCGCCCCGACUGACUCUUUUGCGCCUCGCUCGCACGCACGACACGCAGACACGGUCUCGGCGGCGCUCGCCAACCUGCCGCAGCACAUCGUCUUCAACGCGCAGCUGCCGAUGUUUUCGAGUAACCCGGCGCUCAAGCGGCUCGUGUGCCUCGCCAUCGACCGCGCCAUCCGCGAGAUCAUCGCGCCCGUCGUCGAGCGCUCGGUCACGAUCGCCGGCAUCUCGACGCGCGAGCUCACGAUGAAGGACUUUGCGAUGGAGGGCGACGAGAGCAAGAUGGCGACGGCGGCGCACCUCAUGGUCCAGAACCUCGCCGGCAGCCUCGCCCUCGUCACGUGCAAGGAGCCGCUCCGCCUGAGCAUGGUCGCCCACACGCGCACGCUCCUCCUCCAGAACGGCUUCACCGACGAGUCGCUCCCGGAGCAGGCCGUCCUCGUCCUCGUCGCCGAGAACCUCGACGUCGCGUGCAGCAUCGUCGAGAAGGUCGCCAUGGACAAGGCCGUCCUCGAGGUCGACGAGGGCCUGUCGCCGGCCUACCUGUCGCGUCGCGCGCACCGCGAGCGCUCGCGCGAGGCGUUCUGGGACACGGCCGCCAUGGCCGCGUCGCACUACUCGGGCAUGCUCCCCGACCCGCUCCGCCUCAAACUGGGCGGCCUGUCGAUGCAGCAGCUCCAAGUGUACGAGGACUUUGCACGCUUGCGCACGCCGGCGCCGCCGGGCACCCUCCCGGGCCUCCCGGGCGGCGGCGGCGUUGGCAUGCCCGGCGGCGGCCCGAACGGCGCCGGCGCCGCCGUCGAGUCGGCCGCCAUGAGCGCGCCGCAGGCCAUGGAGCGGUUUGCGGCGCUCGUCGCCGACCUCGACAAGGCGCUCGCGACCGAGUCGGCGCCGGCCCUGACGGGCGUCGGCCAGGAGAGCGACCUGCGGCGCAUCGUGCAGCAGAUCCCGGUCAUCGCCGCGAGCUCGGCCGCGCGCGACGAGACGGCGCUCGCGUGCUCGCAAAAGGUCGUCCAGCUCCUGUACCGCAGCGAGACGACGCUCGCGCGCGACGCGUACGUGUUCCUCCUCGACCGCCUGUGCGCCAUCUCGCCCAAGGUGGCCAAGGAGGUGACGAUGUGGCUCGUGUACGCCGAGGACGAGCGCAAGUUCAACGUGCCCGUCACGGUCGCGCUCCUCCACGCGCGCUUCAUCAACGUGUCGGAGCUCGACGUUCAGCUCGCCAAGUUCGUCGUGCGCGACUUCCGAGCGUCGGUCGUCGACUUUGUCGCCAGCCUCCUCACUGCGUGCCUCGCCGAGGUGCCGCCGGUCGCGACCCGCGAGCAGUUCAGCAACGCGUUCGAGGCGCUCGGCCAGGCCGUGCGCCAGGGCAAGGCGACCGACGCGGCGCGCACGCUCCUCCAGGACGUCCAGACGCGCGGCACCGUCAACGUGCGGGCCCUGUCGCCGGGCAAGUUCCAGUCGAGCGACGAGCCGGCUGCGCGCGAGCAGCUCACGUUCUGCUUCGCCGAGUGGGUGCGCCUGUACCAGCAGUCGUUCAACGUCGAGAAGUCGUUCGUCGACUUUGUCGUCCAGCUCCAGAAGCAGGGCAUCCUCAAGGGCGAGGAGAUCUCGUCCCUCUUCUUCCGCGUGUGCGCCGAGGUGUCGGUCGACAGCUACAUCAAGAACAAGGCGGCGGGCGGCACGCCGGCGACGGGCAUCUUCCAGCCGGUCGACGCCUUUGCGCGCCUCGUCACCUUCAUGAUCAAGUACCACGCCGACCCGACGGGCGCCAACAACGACAAGGCCAAGGUGCACUACAUGACCAAGGUCCUGUCGAUCGUCGUCCUCGUCCUCGCCGCGUCGCACGAGGAGCUCGGGAUCCACUUUAUCGCCAAGCCGUUCUACCGGUUCUUCUCGAGCCUGCUCGCCAACCUCGCCAGCAUCGAGAGCCACCUCGGCGCCGCCUACCCGCAGAUCCUCAUCGCCAUCAGCUCGUCGCUCAACACGAUCCAGCCGAGCUUCUUCGUCGGGUUCACCUUCUCGUGGGUGACGCUCAUCUCGAGCCGGUACUUCAUGCCCAAGCUCCUGAUGAUGGACGAGCCGCGCGAGGGGGGGUACGCGGCGUUCCUGCGCCAACUCGUGUCGCUCAUGCGGUUCCUCGCGCCGCACCUCAAGCGGGGCCAGUUGAGCGAGCCGAUCCGGCUCCUGUACGUCGGCACCGAGCGGGUCCUCCUCGUCCUCCUGCACUCGUUCCCCGACUUCCUGUCGCAAGCCGCGCCGGCCUUGGUCGACACGCUCCCGCACGAGGCGGUCCACUUGAAGAACCUCAUCAACUCGGCGUUCCCGAUCCAGACGAGCAAUGUCCUGUUGCCCGACCCGCUCGACGCGACGUCCGCCGACCCGGACCCUCAAGGUCUGCAAGUGCCCCUGUCGAUCGUCGACCCGGCUGCAAGCCUCGGCGCCGCAGGCUUACGCACGGUCGUCGACUCGUGGCUCGACAAGGCGGCCCCUGUCGACUUGCCCUCCAAGCUCUACGAGCGGCUCGUCGCCGCCGGGCCCGAGGCGCCGGUCAUCAACGGCCUCGUUGCGCACCUCAUGCGUCACGGCACGAGCGGCGGCGGCACGUCGUACAACCACGACGCGCCCUCGGCACGCCUCCUCCGCGACCUCGUUCAGCGUGACGACCCGGCCUUGAGGUACGCCCUCCUGUCGGGCGUCGCCAACGCUCUCCGCUGGCCCAACCUCCACUCGCACUGGGCGACGACCGCGCUCCUCGACUUGUUCGCCUCGGGCGAGCGCGAGUCGGUCCUGCGAGUCGUCCUCGAGCGUGCCACCACGUGCCGGCCCGUGCCACACGCCGUAACCGCGGCGCUCACGCAGCUCCUUCACCUCCACGGUCCCGCCGUCGAGGAGACCCUCGCCGCCGCCCUUCCCGCCAACGACCCCGGCGCGAACCUUCUCAAGGAGCACCUCGCCCGUCUCGCAUCGGGCCCUCGGUCCACCGCUCCUCAGUAGUGCCCCCUCCCCCUCCUUGAAUACCUCUCCCUCUCCUUCUCUGUCUGUAAGCGUACCCUGUAAAUUUCGUCGUCGCCCGUCCUCCUC